AUGCUCUGGCUGGAUAUUACCCACCACCCCAGGCAGGCACCCUCGGUGCGGCUCAUGGGACGCUACCUGCUGCCUCCCUGCAAGCAGCGCUGGCACACCUGUGCGGCGUUCCUGCCCCAGGGAGGGCUCCUGGUCUGCGGGGACCGCCGGGGCUCCCUCGUCCUCUUCCCCUGCAGCAGCAACUCACGGGAUGGCGUCUACCGCCAGCUCCGCCUGGAGGGCCAGCAGCUGGAGGUCCUGCGGAAGCACAGGCCCUGCAAAGGGCUGCAGUGGAUCGAGGAGCUGCGCUUUACCCAGGACGGGGACUUGCUUGUGCUGGGCUUUCACGCUGACAAUUUUGUGGUGUGGAGCAGCAAGACCGGCGACAACCUCCACUGCAUCCCCUGCGGCGGGGGGCACCGUUCCUGGAGCUACUGCAGCAGCCCCUCAGCCGAGGCCUUUGCCUUCGUCAAGUGCGGGGAUGUGAUGCUGUACCACCACGAGGCCAAGCCCUGUGAGCAGCAGGUGCUCCUGGCGUCCCUGCACGGGCGGGAGAUAGCCUGCGUGCGACGCCUGGGGGCAGUGGAGGUGCCCGGCCACACCACCCUUAAUGUCUUUGUCACCGGCAGUGAGGACACCACGGCCUGCGUCCUGGUGCUCAGUGAGUGCUCCCGGAUGGCUGUGCCCCUUGCCCGGCUCAGCGACCACAUCUCCAGUGUGAGGGCACUGGCAGUGGCCAGCCCCACAGGACCCAGCGACAAGGACUUGGGUGACGAGGGCUUGUCCACCCUGCUCUUCUCUGCGGGCGGCCGGGCACAGAUUGAGUGCUACCGGCUGCUGUGUGCCAGGGACACAACCUCCGACAGUGCUGUGGCCUGCCAGGUCAUCCAUGUGGCCUCCCACCGGCUGGACGAGCACUGGGAGCGGAAGAAGAACAGGCAUAGGCUUGUCAAGAUGGACCCAGAAACGAGGUACAUGUCCCUCUCGGUUGUGCCUGGGACCACCACAGAGCAGCUGCCGACGCCCUGGAAGUUUCUCUCAGCCGCAUGCAGUGACGGAUCGGUCCGGGUCUUUGGGCUGCUGGAGGCCGCCCGGAAGCUGGUGCUAGUGGCGGAGUCAUUUCACCACCAACGCUGUGUGCUGAAGGGAGAAAUCAGUCUGUGGGAACUGUUCUGCCGCUUCCCUGAGUAUUGGAGGCACCUCCUGUGCAGUGCGGCCACCGAUGGCAGCGUCGCCUUCUGGGACAUCACCAGCCCCAUUGCGGAUGCAGUGGAUGCCCUGCACCGAGCAGAGGGAGAGAUGCAGCCCCUGGCCCUGGGUACCCCGCUGCUCACCGUCAUGGCCCACAGCUGUGGUGUGAACAGCCUCCAUGUCUGCGAGACACCAGAGGGACAGUACCUGGUGGCCAGUGGCAGCGAUGAUGGCUCCAUCCACGUUUGCCUGCUGGAGGUGGCCCUGGACAGGGAUAAGGGCACAGCAGGGACCUGCCUGCGUCUCCUGGAGCAGGUGGCCAGGCCCUGCGCCCAUGCUGCCCACGUGACAGGGAUCCGGGUGCUGCGUCUGGACCUGCUGCUCUCUGCCUCAGUAGACCAGCGCCUGACACUGUGGCGCCGAGGCCCGGGCAGGCUGGACGCGCUCAGCACCACUUUCUUCCAUGUGCCCGACCUGGCAGAGUUGGACUGCUGGGAGGUGGCAGAGGCUGGCGGGGAGCUGCGCUACUACUGCAUACUCUGCGGGCAGGGCCUGGAGAUGCUGUGCGGGAUGGCCCCCACUGAGCCCCUGCCACCAGAGGCUCCCCAGUAA